AUGUCUGAAGCCGAGCCUCCCACAAACGGCGUCAAGAUUGAUGAUGAGUCGCUACCCAAGCAGACAGAAUCUCAAGACGAUCCACAUACGUUGACCAACAGUCAGGGCUGGGACGGCAAACUGAGGAUGACCCCCAAGAGCGCGACCCUGACGAACCCUGAGGCUCUCUCCGACCCAGAGUAUUCGGAUCCGGAAGCGCCUCCGGUAGAGCAGAUUGACGCAGACGAGGAUCUACUUGACGAUGUCGUGGAGGACACCAAAGACAUCGAUCUGGUGCACUGUCGCAUCUCAUCAGUCCCGGCUCUCCGGCUAGAACGCUUCCCGAACGUGGAGAGGAUAUGCUUGCGACAGAAUGCUAUUGUCUCCGUGGAGUUUCCUCCCUCAUUUGGGGAGUCUCUGGAUGAGAUUGACCUCUAUGACAACCUCAUCUCCCACAUUCGAGGCUUCGAGAACAUGAAGAAUCUCACCAUUCUUGAUCUAUCAUUCAACAAGAUCAAGCACAUCAAAAAUGUUAACCAUCUUGUUAAGCUCAAGCAACUUUUCUUCGUGCAGAACCGCGUCUCCAAGAUUGAGAACUUAGACGGGCUCUCAAAUGUCACCAUGAUCGAGCUGGCCGCCAACCGCAUACGCGAAAUCGAGAACUUGGACCCUCUAACCUCGUUACAAGAGCUUUGGCUAGGCAAAAAUAAGAUCACCGAGAUCAAGAAUCUUUCCACUCUUACUAACCUACGGGUUCUGGACCUGAAGUCCAACCGGCUCACGUCCAUCUCCGGUUUGGAAACUCUUGUCAACCUCGAGGAGCUCUACGUCUCGCACAACGCCAUCACAGCCAUCUCCGGCUUGGAGAGCAAUAAGAAACUGCGUGUCCUUGACAUCUCCAAUAAUCGAAUCACGCAUCUCGAGAAUAUGACUCAUUUGGCUGAGCUUGAAGACUUCUGGGCAAGCGCCAAUGGCCUCUCGGACUUCAGGGAGGUGGAGCGAGAGUUGAAAGACAAAGAAAAUCUAGAGACAGUCUACUUCGAGGCAAAUCCACUACAGUUGCAGGGGCCUGCUGUGUACAGAAACAAAGUCCGACUCAUACUGCCGCAAGUCAAGCAAAUCGACGCCAGUAAGUGUGCCCGCUCGAGUUAG